AUUAGCUGUAGAGGAGCUAAUGCGGGAGGCUGUGCAAGGCGCUGCCAGAGCUGAAAUAGUAGGCCCGUCCGGCUGGGUCAAAACGUCGCAACAGAAAACUAAUAAACGUUUCCUCGUCAACACGCUGCGGAAUGCUGUGAGUUCCAACAAGUACCACAGCUCGCGACAUAGCCGCAAACCCUACAGUCGGUCGCCCAAACACGACCGACACCAAGAACCCUCUAUUAAAAAGGACAAAUCAAAAAGCAAACACUAAGAUGGCAGACUACAAUGUAGAAAAUGUUUUAAAAACCAUCUUUAGUGACUCAAGUACAUGGAAACCAGCUGAUAAGAUACCUCUAGUUAUUAAGGAAAUAGAACAAUUGAAAAUUGAUAUGAAGAGCUUUCUCCAUAACAGUGAUAGUGAUAUCACAUCAAUAGUAGAUGAAGGGAAGAAGUUGUGUGCCGAAAGUAAAGCUUUGGUUGAUGAAAUGGAGCAGUGUAAGAGAGAGAUAGAACAAGAAACAAUGGCUGAAAUAUUGAAAUCAAUAGAAAACCAUGAUAAAUUGUCUAAGGAAUUGCAACGCGUUAACUUUGCCCUAAAUAUAGUAUUUGAUGUGGUGCAAUGCGGGAAGUAUGUUAAGGAGUUUGAUGAGGGGCGAGAUGCUCAGAGCUUUACCCGCUCCAUUGAGGCUGUGUAUGAUUUAGUACAGCACAUAGAAGUGCCUGCUGAGGGCUUUAAACAACUAGAUCUUUAUAUAAACACAAAAACCACAGGUCAACUCAUAUUAGAUAAUUUACUACACGAGUUGUAUAAUGAGUGGAAUCUACUUGUAUACACAAAUAUCAAAGCCACUACCAGGAAAACUGUUAUCACAAUUAAACUUAAGUUAGAAGAUAAUAAUCUAACGAGAGAUAUAAUCAAUGCUCUAGAUAGAUGCAAAAGGCUUAAUGAAAAGCUUUCAAAGUUUGCUCAGUUUCUUCUCAAAGAUGUUCUUAUCCCUAUCAUUCACAAUGAUUGUACAGUGUUUGCUGAAACAGACGUCUUGAUGACUGUCACUGUUAAUCACAAACAGAAUAACAAACCUCCGUACGAUGCUGUCAUAGCUAAUUUGAGGUUACUAUUUCAUUACCUUAGUAAUAGACUGAACUUGGAAUGUAACAGGGAUUGCACAAUAAUGCAAAAUGUAGGGAAAGAGAUAUGUCUUGCAUUUAAGGACAUUCUAGUCCAAGAUUGUCUCAUAGAUACCAUACCAAAUAAUAUAAAUGAGCUUCAAAGUUAUGGUAAAAUUACUUCAGAAAUUGAAGAUUUCCAGCAUUUCUUAUCUGUAGUGAAAUUCUUCCCAGAAAAUAAGUUAUCCAUACUUGAUUAUGUAAAAAACAUUGAUGUUCUGUUCGCUGAUAAGUCUAGUCAGUACUUUUUGGAGACUGCUCGGUCCAUUAUGGUCAAAGAUUUAAGUGCUACCAUGUCUAUUGGUGUUGAAAUUAUUCCGGAGAGUAAUGAAGCUGCCGCUUCACCUUUGGAUGAGAAUACAGAAGAUGCCCUGAAGAUAUUGAAUGAUACAUUGCCGAAAAGUUUGUUUUAUUUUCCGAGGUGCAUGAUCUCAAAGACUGCCCAAGAACUGCUAGAUUUGGUUUAUGUGAUGAUGGAACAAGCGGUACAGUGCUCAGAUGUGGUUUGCAAGAAACUAUACAACACUACUCGACUAGUCUUUGAAUUGUAUGACGCAGUUGUACCGUAUCAUCAUGAGAAUUAUUUGCAAACUAUUCCACAAUAUGUUGCAUUAUUCCACAACAACUGCAUGUACCUGGCGCACAAUCUGCAAACCUUUGGGGACAAGUGGCUGAUCCUCAUGGAGGGCCGGGAGUUGGACUAUCCGAUCAGCUUCGUGGACCUGGUCCAGAAGCUCCGCGACCUCGGCUACCAGCAUCUCACUGUGCACAUGCAGCAGCAGAGGAAACAAAUCCUUGAUAAUGUACGGUCUUCAGAUCUGAACUGCAUUGUGGUGAAGGACGUGUUGAGCGACAACGCUGAGGCGGCGGUGCGGCAGUGUCUGCGGCAGCUGCAUCUGCUCAAGAACGUCUGGAUCGGGGUCUUCCCCGCCAAUGUGUUUGUCAGACUGAUGGGCACGCUCGUGAACAUGUUCGUGGACGAGCUGAUCCACCGCGUGUGCUCGGUGGAGGACAUUUCCAUGGAUAUGGCGACACAGCUCUCCGACAUCUACACGCUCGUCGUGCAGAAGGCGCCUACGCUGUUCCAGAACCCGACAGACGUGGAGAGCCACGUGAAGCCGUGGGUCAAGCUGCAAGAGUUGAUCUUCAUCCUCAACGGCUCCCUAAAAGAUAUAGAACACCAUUGGCAAGAUGGCGCCGGCCCGCUGGCCAUACACUUCCAUACAGAGGAAUUGAGGAGUCUCAUCAAAGCAUUGUUUCAAAACACGCAAUUCCGCGCAAAUUUACUCUCAAAAAUUAAAUAAUUGAUGUUCACUUAUCAUGCCAAUAUUCAUGUAUAACCAUAUCCGUAUUAUGUUAUUUUGGUGUUCAAUGGUA